CUUUCAGGAGGUUGCAAGGAUAAUCAAUUUGUCAACUCAUGCUAGCUUCAGUCUGUUCGAGUGCCGUAAGGUUGUUACUGGUUCUAAAUUCGUAGAUCCUAUAAAUGAGGAUGACAAUAAGUAUAUUGGCAAUCUAUUGGCGGACUUUAAGGCGUCAAACAACAGAAGUGAGGGGGAUAUUUUGCACUGUAAACUGAUUUUCAAAAAGACAGUUUCUUCGGGAGUCAAAUGAAGCUGUUACAGAGCCAAUGUUCGUGCAAUUAUCUUAUGUUCAAUUACAGCACGAUUACAUACUGGGCAAUUAUCCUGUUGGCAAGGAUGAUGCAGCGCAGAUGUCUGCUCUGCAGAUUCUAGUUGACAUUGGAUAUGUUGAUGGCCCUCAAUCUCGCAAAGAUUGGCCAUCGCUGCUGGAAUAUUUUUUACCCAGACAAAUUGCAGUGACACGUGCAAAGUGGGAGUGGGAGUUGGAUAUCCGUUUCUCCUUGCCCAAGGAAUCAUGUUCAAAGAAAUUGGGGAGAAGUUCUUUCUAUUUAAUUUUUCAUUAAUGUUGUCAUUUUUAUGAUU